AUCCCUAAAUUUCCGUCGAAUGUAACGGAAUUAAUAAACCGCGUACGGCGUCAUCCGGCUAAUCGCCCCCCCCCCCCACCCCCGGCUCGAGCCAUUCAAGCUAGGGAGGAGAUUCAUCUCUUCAAUACGAUAUAGGAAACGUUUCCGGAGAAUCAUCGUCUAGCUACGGACUCAUUUCGUGGUGGUCGGAUUCGGCGUGUCGACGGACAGCAGCUUUUUUUUUUUUAAUCUUCUUCUCCACCUCUUCCUCUUUCACCGGUUCGUUUUUAGAAGCCUUCACCUACUUUUGAUCCUAUUUCCUCAGCUAUUGCCACGAUAUUCUGAUUGUGUAAUCCUUAGAUUUUGAUCGCCUCAUUUCCUCGAAUCACUCUUUAUCCAAAUGUUCAUUGACGACCGCUCGUUGUUUUGAUCGAUGCGAUGGAUCCAAGCUUGGUCUGGUUAUCAAAGCCAUGGCUCUUGAUGGGAUUGUUGUAUCUUCACCAUCGAGGAGAACGCAGUCUCUAAAGAGGCAGUGGGAAGAUUUGGGCAGCUGCUCCACGGUUAUCAAGAGGCAUCGAUAUCUCUUAACAGCUUUGGUGCUUUUGGCCUUUCUCUGCACUGUUUAUCUAUACUUUGCUGUCACUCUAGGCGCUAGGCACUUGUCGUGCUCUGGCUUGACCGGUAAAGAGAAGGCAAUGUGUCAAUUACAACAUGUCCAGGCUCUCUCCAAAGGGAAGCUGAAAGUUUUCUAGAGUGUGUCAUCGAGAGCCAAAGCUGAGAAAGCGCAACAUGAUUGCUCUCUUGCCCUACUACAUUCUUUUUUUUUUUUGUGAUUCUAUUGUGACAUUUGUGUGUAUUAUAUUAUUACUUUGUGAAAAUACCAGAGAUUUAUAAUCGAAACAUAAUUCAUUUUUGUUCAUUAAUGAAAAAUUAAAGGAAGUUUCUUA